AUGAGUUUGGAUGGCCUUGUGGUUCUCAUAACCGGUGCUUCUAGAGGUAUCGGCAGAGCUAUAGCUCUGAAAGCAGCUGCAGAUGGUGCCAAAGUCAUUGUCAAUUAUUUGUCAGACGUCGAAGCGGCGGAUUCGGUAGUCUCACAAAUUGGAGCUGAUCGGGCAGUGGCCGUCCAAGCCGAUAUUUCCAAGAUCCAAGAAGUCGAGUAUCUGGUUCAUUCUGCAGUGUCUCGGUUCGGAAAGAUUGAUGUGCUCGUUCCAAAUGCAGUGUACAUGCCUGCGGGUGACAUUGAGGCUCUUACUGAAGACCAAUUUGAUCGAACCUUUGGAGUCAAUGUUAAAGGGCCCUGCUUUCUUGUGCAGAAAGCCAUUCCACAUAUGCCGCCAGGAAGCACGAUCAUUUUUAUUUCAUCCGAUCUGACCGAUUUCAAUACCCUACCGCCGCACUACCUACUUUAUAUUUCUACAAAGGCCACCUUGAACCAGAUGGUGCGAGUUUUGGCACAAAACCUCGCACAGAAGAACAUCCGGGUCAAUGCAAUCUCGCCAGGAGCUACAGAAACCGAGCAAUUUUUGAUCUACAAUAGCAACGAUGUCGUUCGCUCGCUAGCGGACCUUAGCCCGUUUAAAAGACUCGGAAAGCCAGAUGAAAUCGCCACAGCAGUUAGUCUAUUGUGGCGCAAGGAAAGUGAAUGGAUUACAGGGCAGGUAGUGAGGGUAAAUGGCGGUGCGACCUGAACGUGUG